CUGCCGUUGUGCAUGUCUUAUUCCAUUUCUUCAUUGUCCAUCUCCGUGGAAAAGGUAUACCCCCGUCAUCCCACUUUACUUCUAGACUUCUAGACUUGUCUUUUAGUUGCGCAAUGAUUCUUGAAUACCGUUGCAAGACAUAAAAGACAUAGAUUGAUUGAUUGUACUACAACCAUCUACACUGUCUACCUAUACUCAAUAGCAAUCACAUCGCUACAAUACGCACUCUUCACCUGCUUUUCUUUGAAUAACUACAAUAUCACCUCCCCGCCCCUCAUCCGACUAUCCGACCAUGCCGAUUCGCAACCCCUUCGCUAAGCGACCGUUCUUAAACACCGGCGCCGACGUCGCCAGCGCCCCCAACGACGAGAAUGCCCGCCCGGGAAUGCAGAUUUCGAGGGAUUCCUACGGAGGUUUCGAAAGGGUAGACACAGUCGGGUCCAAGACCUCGUCGGCAUGGAGCAUCCACUCCAGCAAGAGUCGCGAUACUGGCGACUACAAAAUGAGUGUUGUCAACGACAGUGGCGUUUACCUACCUCCUUCGCCUACAGAGGAGAAGGGCCUCUGGCCGAGGCGUCCUGCCAACUCCCGCACCUCCGUCGAUACGCGCAGUAGCAUCGGCGACAUUGAGCACUUUUCUAUUUCUCGCGAAUCCUUCGAUUCCUAUCGCCGAUCAUUUGAUAUUUGCGCAAAAUCUCCAGUCCUUGUGCACGACUUUCCUCGACAGAGCCUUGACUCUGCCGGUCUCGCAAGGAUCCCUAGAUCUUCACCCAGGCAUCGCUCCUUUGAAAGAGAACUACCUACGGCUGAGGAGGGCUUUGAAGAUGUUGGCUUGAACGACGACCAGAAGCAAACCCAGCAACAGCCAAAGAAGAAGAGCUUCUUCGCUAAAUUCUCCGAACCUCAGGAAUCCAAUGCGCAUGGAGAGGGCCUGGCGCGGUUUAUUCCAGGCCGCAAGCGUGCACAGAGCGGCCAAGGAGCCGAAUUAGGCCCCAUGGAGCGACCGGCAUCAUCUCAAUCCGCCCAAGCACAGGAAGUGCAGUAAAUCCUUGCAGGCUUCAUUUUUUCUUACCCUCGUUUAUUUUUAAUGCAUCAUACUUGCGGGUUCGCAUGGGUUGGGGCACCUGUGAGAUAGAGCGAUUACCCGCCCUUUGAUACCCAUCAUCCCUGGCGCUCGUUACAAGAUUUCAGUGGGCUGGUUUUUUUUUUAAAGGACGAACUUCAUGAACUGGGCAAAACGGACCACAUGACGGGGAAGAGUUGACCGUGAACAUAAUGAUAAUGCUUAGACGAGAACCAGACCUCGAUAUUAUUACAAUAGUCGAGUUGGGAGAUACAAAUAUAAUUGGGCAUUCUGUCGUGGGAGUGCCUUCAAUUAUUGACGCAAAUUAUUGGGCUUACUGGGAUUAUGCUAGCUAGCCUAGCCUGCUAAUUUCGCAGAUUAAUCGCAAAAGGUCUCAGAUGUUUUCCUAUAUUCACAUCUUACGCUAGUUUCAUCGGGAUAUAAGAAUUGUAUUGCCGUUCUAGCUAAAUCUCUAACACAUGGCGAUUCCGUUAAUUGUUGCUUAGCAACAGGCUAGAUCUGACCUAGUAGUAUCCAGAUAUCCAACGAAAGCAUUUCUAUCAGCAUAUUUGAUUCAUG